AUAAGUGACUCACGAAGUGAAGAUAGUAAAGCAUCUGAAACUAAUGUUAGCGAAACUAAUAAAAAUAAUAUAUUUCAACCUCAAGAAAUAGUAGAGCUACUAUGGGUAAAAAAUGUAACACCUUUUCUUCCAGCUGAUUCUCCUUCUCCUUCUCCGAUUGAAUCACAAUCACAAAUUCUAGUGGAAGUAAUUCCUGUGGUGAGUGUAUUGGGGUCUCCAAUGUUUGCUUUGCUUUUACUUGCUUUAUUAAUUAUCACUACUAUAUGGAUUAUCUAG